AUCCCCAAAAUUCCAAUUCACUCUUAUGAAGGGCGAGGCCUGUGGUCAACAUACGCCAAAUUACUAAACUCGUGGCCACCAAAAAAACCCCAAAAAGCAUAUAUACACACACAUAUACAUACAACAAGAUCACCUUCAUCUUUAUCUCUCUGCACCUCAUCCAUGUCUUCUCUUCUAGCUAAUGGGAUUUCCCAUUUUCCCCACACAGAAUCACCUUGUUUCACAAAAGGGUUUCUCCCAGACCUCAUAAAAAUCAAAUCUUCGAAGCCCAGAACCCAUAAUUCAAGAAUCUUCAAGAUUAGAGCUGAUGUUGAUUACAAGCCUCAAACUCUUGAUUCUGACGCUCUGAAAGGUAAUUCUGACACUGACCAACUUCAUAAGUUUCUUAAACGUGAUUAUAAAUGGGGGUUCAGUGAGGAAAUUGAUUCUUUUUCGAUUCCGAAAGGGUUGUCGGAGGAAACAAUUAGAUUAAUUUCUUCUAGGAAGAAUGAACCUGAUUGGAUGCUUGAGUUUAGAUUGAAGUCUUAUCAGAAGUUUUGUAAGAUGACUGAACCUAGUUGGUCUGAUAAUACUUACCCCAAAAUUGAUUUUCAAGAUUUGUGUUAUUAUUCUGAGCCUAAAAAGAAACCAACUUUGAAUAGUCUUGAUGAGGCUGAUCCUGAGCUUGUUAAGUAUUUUGAGAAAUUGGGUGUUCCGUUAAACGAACAAAAUAGGUUGGCUAAUGUUGCUGUUGAUGCUGUGCUUGAUAGUGUUUCGAUUGCUACCACGCAUAGGAAGACACUAGAGAAAGCUGGGGUUAUAUUUUGUUCGAUAUCCGAGGCUAUCAAGGAAUAUCCUGAUUUAGUUAGGAAGUAUUUGGGGAAAGUUGUUCCGCCUGAGGAUAAUUUUUAUGCUGCUUUAAAUUCGGCUGUGUUUAGUGAUGGGUCUUUCGUGUAUAUUCCUAAGGGCGUUAGGUCUCCUAUGCAAAUCUCUACUUAUUUUCGAAUAAAUGCGAUGGAAACUGGUCAAUUCGAGAGGACUCUUAUAGUAGCUGAGGAUAGAGGUUUCGUGGAGUAUUUGGAGGGGUGUACUGCACCUUCGUAUGACACUAACCAGCUUCAUGCUGCUGUAGUCGAAUUGUAUUGUCACGAAGAUGCAGAGAUUAAGUACUCCACCGUGCAAAAUUGGUAUGCUGGUGACGAGGAUGGGAAAGGUGGAAUCUUUAACUUUGUCACGAAACGAGGUAUCUGUGCUGGGAAUGGAUCAAAGAUAUCUUGGACCCAAGUUGAGACUGGGUCUGCUAUCACUUGGAAGUACCCAAGUGUUGUAUUAGAGGGUGAUAAUUCGGUGGGUGAGUUCUAUUCAGUGGCAUUGACUAAUAAUUAUCAGCAGGCUGAUACGGGGACAAAGAUGAUACAUAAGGGAAAGAACACAAGGAGUAGAAUCAUAUCAAAGGGAAUUUCUGCUGGACAUUCUAGAAACUGUUACAGGGGUCUUGUUCAGGUCCAGUCCAAGGCGGAUAAUGCUCGAAACUCUUCACAGUGUGAUUCAAUGCUUAUUGGUAAUAAUGCAGCUGCCAACACCUAUCCUUACAUCCAGGGGAAGAACCCUACAGCUCGAAUUGAACACGAAGCCAGCACCUCCAAGAUCGGUGAAGAUCAGCUAUUUUAUUUCCAGCAGAGGGGAAUCGACUAUGAGAAAGCCAUGGCAGCUAUGAUAUCUGGCUUUUGUAAAGAUGUAUUUAAUGAGCUCCCUGAUGAGUUUGGUGCUGAAGUGAACCAACUCAUGAGCUUAAAGCUUGAAGGAUCUGUUGGUUAGUUUAUAAAGCUUAUUGCUUUCAACCAUGUCACAGGUAUAGUCGUUGUAGUUGAUGAGUCAAAGUUUGUAAAAUUGUGGAAGAUACUAUAGCAAUUACAAGUUUUUACUACAUACUACGAAAAUAAAUUUACAUCUCACAGUUUGUAAAUAUAAAUAAUUUGUUUGGUA